AUGCAGCGCCUCGUGCUCUCACGACGCAACCUGGACGCCUGCAGCAACACGCCGGCCAUUGUAGUAACGGAGGUGUAUGUCGGUGGCACUGGCGCGCAGCCUAAGGCGGAGGUAUUCGCGCAGGAUUGCGUGACGCAGGUUGUCGUGGUGAAGGAAGAAGUCAUUUAUAUGAGGCUCAAGGGAAUGAGCGCGUUCGCGGCACCGUCGCGGCUCGCCUCGCCUCCACCGCCGCCGCAACAGACGAAUGGGUCAUCGGCAACACGCGCUGCCGUCGCCGCUUGCAGCGAUUACGCUGCGCAACCGACUGCCGCCGCGACUGCCUCGUCGCUCCUCAAGGAGUCUGCCACGUCGACGAACGAGGCCGAGUCGGCGAUCGAGGUGAAGCGGUCUGCACCACAGACGUCCGCGCCGCCACCGGCAGCAGCGAAGUCUGCAGCGACACAUGCAACGAUCCAAAAGGCGAUAGGCGACGGAGCGGCCACCGCCGCGGCACCAGCGCCGGCAGAGCUACUGGCGCCGAAGGCUGAGGCGCCGAAGCGUCGGCUGGGCUGGGGCCCCGAGGCGUACGAGCUGUUUCCUGAGAACUACAUGUCGACUCCUGGCAAGCGUCCUCGGACGGUGCGGUCCGAGAAAAAGACGACGUCGGCCCAGGGAGCUAAGUGCAGCAAGGCGGAGUCGAACACCGCCGCUGUCGCCAGUACGAAGGCAGGAUGGGGGGAGGAGUCGUCAGACAAGCAGGCUCUGGCGCACAAGCACCUUGGGUGGGGCCCUGAGGCGUCCAAGCUCUUCGCAGACAACUACGUUAGUUCCCCAGAGAAGCUUGCACGCCUCCAGCGGUCGCAGAGGCGUGUUAUGAAUGCAUCCGUGGAGAGUGCCGCUGCUGCAGGGGCUGCGGCACUCACAAAGCCUGCACUCAAGGCACCGGUGUCCCGUACUCUCCAGUACCCGACAGCUGACACCGAGGAGGUCCGCACCACCGUGGGCCACGCUGUGGAUGACGCCAUCGUUGUUGACGAAGCCUCACCGACGGUGGAGCUUCCGAAGGGGUGGGGGAGGGAGUCGCUCAAGUUCUUUGAUCCGAACACCUACUGCGACGACCCGGCCAAGGCACGUCUGUUGCCGAACAUGGACUACUCGCGCUCGCGCCGCCACCGCCGGCCGGCCACCCUGUAG